AGCUACGUCACAAAGGGCGCCGGUCUCCUGCGGGCUGGCCUCGCGGGGCGUUCGGGCUUGUGCCCCGGGCCUGCCAGCCGCACUGCUUGCCGUGCCCCGCUGUCCAGCAUGGUGGACUACUACGAGGUGCUGGGCGUGCCCCGCCAGGCCUCGUCCGAGGUCAUCAAGAAGGCGUACCGGAAGCUGGCGCUCAAGUGGCACCCCGACAAAAACCCCGAGAACAAGGAGGAAGCGGAAAGGAGAUUCAAACAAGUGGCCCAGGCGUACGAGGUGUUGUCAGACGCCAAGAAAAGGGAAGUCUAUGACCGAUACGGCGAGGCAGGGGUGGACGAGGGCGGGGGCAGGGGCGGGCUCUUCGAGGACCCCUUCGAGUACGUCUUCACCUUCCGCGACCCCGCCGAGGUCUUCAGGGAGUUCUUCGGUGGCCAGGACCCAUUUUCGUUUGACUUUUUCGGAGACCCGCUUGAGAACAUUUUUGGGGGUCGGAGGAACGCCCAGGGAAGCAGAAGCAGAGGGUCCACAAACCUUUUCUCCUCCUUCAGUGAGUUUCCAAUGUUUGGGGGUGCUUUUUCUUCUUUUGAUGCAGGAUUUCCUUCCUUUGGUUCCCUGGGGAAUGGAGGCCUUUCUUCCUUCUCCAUGUCCUGUGGUAGUGGCGGGGCGGGCAACUUCACAUCUUUGUCGACUUCCACCGAAAUAGUGAAUGGCAAAAAAAUCACCACCAAGAGAAUCAUUGAGAAUGGCCAAGAAAGGGUGGAAGUGGAAGAAGACGGAGAGUUAAAGUCCCUGGUGAUCAAUGGCAAAGAGCAGUUGCUGCACAUUGCCACCAAGUAGUUCCGGUCCGCGUUCAACUUCAAGCACAUUUGAGGAAGAACAGGACUUUUUUUUUCUCUUGGAAGAUUACAAGGGAACUCUACUUUCAGAACACCUGUUCUCAAGAAUUUAUAAACAAUUCAUGCCAAGGCCUUUUGUUGUUGUUGUUGGGACCCCAGGAAUAGGACCUCUGCUCAUCUUUAAAAAAAAAAAAAAAUGUAAA